AUGAAGUCUUAUAGAUUAUCAGAGCUUACACCUUCGGAGCUUGAUAAAUUAAAAGCCCGCCCUCGGAUAAAUUUUUCUUCAAUAUUUAGCAUUGUCCAACCCAUUGUCGAUGAUGUACGUGCCAGAGGGGAUGUAGCUGUUAAAGAGUACACUCAUCGUUUUGACAAAGUUGAGGUUAACAAGAUAGUUGAGAAUAUCAAUGAUCUUCCAGAUCCGGAGCUUGAUGAGGUUGUCCGAGAAGCUUUUGAUGUGGCAUAUAAUAACAUAUAUGCUUUCCAUGCCGCUCAAAAGCCAACUGAAAAAUUUGUGGAGAGCAUGGAUGGUGUGAGGUGUAAGCGGGUUGCACGGAGCAUUUCUUCUGUAGGGCUUUAUGUUCCUGGAGGAACUGCUGUUUUACCUUCAACUGCUUUGAUGCUUUCAGUACCGGCUCAAAUUGCUGGGUGCAAAACUAUAGUACUCGCCACUCCUCCUGGUCAGGAUGGUAGCAUUUGUAAGGAAGUUCUAUAUUGUGCAAAAAAAGCUGGUGUAACUCACAUUCUUAAGGCUGGUGGUGCUCAGGCAGUUUCUGCAAUGGCCUGGGGUACAGAAUCUUGUCCCAAGGUUGAGAAGAUAUUGGGCCCUGGGAAUCAGUAUGUUACGGCUGCAAAAAUGAUUCUACAAAAUAGUGAAGCUAUGGUAUCAAUUGACAUGCCUGCGGGACCAUCUGAAGUGCUUGUCAUAGCAGACCAACAUGCAAGCCCUGUCCACAUAGCUGCUGAUUUACUUUCCCAGGCAGAGCAUGGCCCCGAUAGUCAGGUUGUCUUGGUUAUUGCUGGAGAUGGGGUGAACACAAAUGUCAUUAUCGAAGAAAUCAACAAACAGUGCCAAAGCCUUCCAAGAGGGGAAUUUGCUUCGGAAGCGCUCAGCCACAGCUUUAUAGUGCUGGCCAAUGACAUGGUUGAGGCUAUCAAUUUCUCAAAUAUGUAUGCACCAGAACAUUUGAUUGUCAAUGUCAAAGAUGCUGACAAAUGGGAGCGUUUCAUUCAGAAUGCAGGAUCUGUAUUCUUAGGGCAGUGGACACCUGAGAGUGUUGGAGAUUAUGCUAGUGGGACUAAUCAUGUACUUCCAACUUAUGGUUAUGCAAGAAUGUAUGGUGGAGUCUCUUUAGAUUCCUUCCUCAAGUACAUUACUGUGCAGAGUUUAACAGAAGUGGGCCUGAAAAACCUUGGUCCUUACGUAGCAGUAAUGGCUGAUGUUGAGGGGCUAGAUGCUCACAAAAGAGCAGUAACCCUCAGACUCUCAGACAUUGAAGCCCGACGAAAAUCUUAA